AGAUGAGGUUGGCGUCGCCUGUACAUCUACAGCCUGUGUUGGCUGUAUCGCCUUCUUCCCCUCCCGCGGCAAGCUCUACCCUGGCGUCCGCCUUGCCAUCGCCGACAUCGUCGAGACACAGCGCCAGUGCAAGUGCCAGCGCAAGUGCGAGUGCAGGACAAGGAGGACAGGGACAGGGACAGGGACAGGGGGAGCGACCCCGGCAGGAGAGGAAGCGGAGCGAGCUGUUUGUGGGCGAGCCGAUCUUUGCUAGUUUGGCGCAUACGCCGGAGCAGGUGGAGGAGAUGAGGAGGAUGAGGGGGGUUGUUGCCGAGUAGUCUUGUCGGUCUUGUCGGUGUGGACGUUUUGGCGUUUUGGAGUUUUGGAGGGAAAGGACAUUUUUAUUCUUGAUUACCAGCAUAUUACAUUCGUUUUCGCGCAGAGGAGGAGGAGGAGGAGGAGUCAAAAAGGGUACGAGACUUGAGAGUCAUUCAUUCCCAUACCACGUCUUUGUUCUAGCUCUUUAGCAUAUUCUAUCGUGUUUCUCUUUUCGAUACAAGCCACAUCAAUUAUAUACAAGUUACGUGACGAAGAAAUGAAAUGAAAUGAGACUACAGACUACAUCGACGUCCUGCGGCCGGAACGGGUCUCCAUCGGACAUCCAGAGGUCGUACAUUUCCAAGAGCGUUUUCCAACACGAUGCUUACGUAGCGG